UAUUUUAUUUUAUUUUAUUUUUUUGCUUUGCAUGUAUUUUGGAAAGUAAGCUUACUUGACUUUCAGUUACUCUAGAAUCUUGGAAUUAGUGUUAUCUGAUGUGAGCCAAAUCGUUGUUUUGGAGAGAUGGUUAGAUUUUCAUGCUUUCAAGUUCAGAGUCAUUCACAUAAACACAAGAAAACUGUUCCCGGAUCAAGUGAAGCAAUGCAGAAGACUCUGGAAGAUUCAUCUCAAAAUCAGACUCCCACGAAGAAUCCUUACACAACGAAGGAAAACAAGCCUUGCUUGAAGAAAGAAGAGGGAGAAGAACGAAACAAUGUUUUUUAUCAUGCGACUGAUUACUCUCCUACCGCAUCUGAGGAAAUUGUGACCAAAUAUAGUACCGAUAAUGAUGAUAUCACUGCUCAUAAGAAAGCACAGAUUAAAAAGAGCAAAUCUGUGGGGAGCGGUUUGAACUGGGAAAAGACGCGAACGUCUGGUGAUGAUGAAACAGAGCAGAGAUAUUCUUAUGAUGGCAACAAAAACGGGCUCAGGCUCAGCCCGUCUGACCAAUUUCCAGAACCAUUACCCUCAGUCUCCGUUCAAGUCGAUUCUGACUUGGCGAAAAAUAGAUCCGUAUAUUCACUUGGGGAGUCCCCACAGCCAAUCGAAAAGGAAGGUGCUGACGAGGAUGAUGCCUGCUUAUCUGGCACUCCUCGUAUUGUGAGGUCAAGCUCUUUGCCGAGGAUGAGUUCCCCUAAUCGAAGCUCAACGCCCCUUGUAGCUCGGUCGAGAUCAGCCGAGGAUCUCAACAAUACAGAUUCUAGAAACCAAGGCGUGAUGAUGCGUGAAACCGAAAGACAGCUAGAAUUAGAAGUUCAAGAAAAUGGUGACUCGGUUUUCAAGAAUGAGAAGAAUUAUGAAAUUGAUGAGGUUUAUAACUAUGUGGGUUCGUCAAGAGAUUGGAUAGUGCCCGUGUCAGAUGAGGCAAACAGGGGAAAAUUUGCAGUAGGAGAAUGUUCUUAUCACAAUUGGGAUGAAAUACCUGCCAAGGAUUUUCGGUUAAGAAGAAUUGAAGAAUGGGUUUCAAACCUUCAGUAUUGUGGUCCAAUGGAAGAUUCUAUUGACGAAUAUGAGACAACGGGCUAUGAUGAGGAGUCACCAAAGGACCAUGCGUUAUUAGAAGAGCCCGCUGCUUUGAAAUCGGAGGUCAAGGUCAGCAGCCCUGGAAUGGAAGCAGCCAAAAGAUACAUUUCUUCUCUGAACACUUCAGCUACAUCUGCUCAACUGACUAACCUUGGAUUGGUUGUGAUCCCCUUUCUCAGUGCCUUUGGUAGCCUCAAGGCGCUCAAUUUAUCUGGAAAUGCUAUAGUGAGGAUUGCUGCUGGUGCUCUACCUCGAGGACUCCAUAUUUUGAACCUCUCGAGAAAUAAUAUCUCGACGAUUGAAGGAUUGCGAGAUCUUACCCGUCUUCGGGUGCUCGACUUGAGCUACAACCGAAUAUUAAGAAUUGGACAUGGACUAGCAGCAUGUUCGUCACUGAAGGAGCUUUACUUGGCGGGCAACAAAAUCAGCGAGGUGGAAGGUCUCCACCGCCUGCUGAAGCUGAACGUGCUCGAUCUCCGUUUCAACAAGAUCUCGACUGCCAAGUGUCUGGGCCAGCUGGCGGCCAACUACAACUGCCUGCAGGCCCUCAGCCUCGAGGGCAACCCGGCCCAGAAAAACGUCGGGGACGAGCAGCUCCGAAAAUACGUGCAGAGCCUUCUCCCCAACCUCACUUACUACAAUCGCCACUCAAUCAAGGCCGGGACCACUAAGGAUGCAGCCGAGCGCUCGGCCCGUAUGGGAAUGGGUGGGACCCGCCCGGACGCCAAGUCAUCGAGGAAGGGGGCCCACGGGCUUUCGGNGUGUUUAUGUGUGGAAUAA